AUGGCUCAGCCGGAGGCCCCACAGUCCGAGCCACCGCCGACGACUGCUCAGAGGAUUGCUCGUAAGUUGUUCGGAAGCAAGCGCUCAUCUCUUCAUCCCGCGGACUCUCAUGACGACGACAAUGAGCUCGCCGGGCCGGGCAAGGGCAGCCACCCGCGCGGCUUCAAAAGUGUGGUGCCUGGGCUUCCCCGACAACAGACCUUGAAGCGCCAACAGUCUGAGAGUCGAGUUCAUUUAGUUCCGGUUAAGACAACAUCGGACGAAAGACGAGCUGCAUCAAUGGACCGCCGCUCAUAUGGCUUCAGACAGAGCGAGCCAAUCCAUGGCGGCCCCGUCCUUCCACGGCCGACGUCUUCUUGCUCCUAUGCGAUCCCUCCUGAUGCCCCGGAACUUUACCCUGGCCACCUGGAUGACCUCUAUGAUAACGUCGCUGAUGGGGUCGACGGAGUUGAUCAAUUUCAUUUGCCUCCCGAUGCCCUUUCUGACGUUCACUCCAUCGCCCCAUCCCACAAUGAAGCCAUUCGCCAUGAACUGGAAACAAGAUGGAUUCUUAAUUUGAGUAUGCACUUCAAGGACCACUCCGAUCGAGAGAAAUUCUUUGUAACAUAUCGCCAAACCGACUAUGACUGGAAGCGCAUCACCAUUUCUCUCGACUACAGCAACGCCCCCAAUCAUUCUCUGGAGAUGACUCUGAGCCAGAUAAGAUAUCAGAAGGACAAGAGCGCCCGGAUAUACGAGGCCAUUCGCGACAGCCUGCCCGAUAUACAGUUUUACGACACGGUUACGAACCUCAAGUUGGAAACAUUGGGUGACCGACUACAUAUUCAUGUGGUCGAGGAUGGAAAUGAAAUCAUAGAGUAUCCCUCAGUCAGUCAAGUGGCGCACUUGGAUUGCCGCCACAUCAGGGAGACGGACAUCCAGUUUGAUUCGCACAUGUCUGGUUUUGUUUACAAAGUCAAUGUGGGAAACACGGUGCUCAUCAAGAAGGAGAUCCCCGGCCCGGAUACGAUACAGGAAUUCCUCUACGAAGUCAACGCCCUCAAUAGUCUAAUGGACUCGGAUCACGUCAUUGAUUUCUAUGGACUCGUGGUGGACGAGCAUAACGAAUAUGUCAAGGGGCUCCUCAUAGGCUAUGCUCAUCAUGGUGCUUUGAUAGAUAUUAUUUAUGAUCUAUGCAGGGAUAGUAAUCAGGGCUUGGGUUGGCCUUUGAGGGAGAGAUGGGCUCAGCAAAUCAUUCAAGGUCUCGCAGAUGUACACGAGUCUGGUUUCGUACAGGGUGACUUUACGCUUUCCAACAUCGUUGUGGACGAAAACCAUGAUGCCAAGCUCAUCGAUAUCAACAGGAGGGGGUGUCCGGUCGGCUGGGAGCCCCCAGAGGCCACACCUCUCCUUAGGUCUAACAACCGGCUUGCGAUGUAUAUCGGCAACAAGUCUGACUUAUACCAAUUGGGGAUGGUUCUCUGGGCUCUUGCCAUGGGGGUUGACGAGCCGGAACUCGAAAGGGAGAGGGGGCCGCUUGUCCUUGGGCCAGAGGUGGAUGUUCCGCUUUGGUAUAGACGAGUAACCGAAAUCUGUCUCAAACCCAACCCGAAGGAUCGACUCCAAGCAACCCUGUUGGUUGACAUGUUCCCUCGAGAUCACCACGCGUCGGCCGACGCUCGUUCCAUCCUCCCAAAUUACAUCUACGAGGAUACGCAUGACUCGUUGCCUAGAGAUCAUUCCAUGGUUUCGGGUUCCCUCUAUCCCUACAUCAGACCUCCUGCGUACGAAUCAUGGGACGAGGAGGAUUUUGCACCCCGAGGGCGCUCACCUCCGAGCAUUUCAGCUAGCAGCUUCGACCAAAAACACCCGGUAUGGGCUUCAAGCUACUACGCAAGACCUGGUUAUAGCGAUAUCGAGGUUGAAGAGGAGGACGAUGACGACGAAGAAGAUGAGACAGGGGAAGAAUACGAAGAGGACGACGAAGAUGGGCAAGCUCAACAAGACACACCUACUCCCACUGCGGAUUCAAUCUGUCUACCGACUACCACACCGGAUGACAGAAGCGAGUGUCAAGAAGAUGAGACGCCACCGGAUUUGUCAACCGAAACCACAGUAUCUAAAGACGAACACCAACUUCUACGACGUGAAGAUGGUGAUAUCGAGAUUGAAAAUGAUUUGGCGGAAAAUUCUGACCAGGUUAUUAUGGAGACUCCAAGUUCUUCGUCUGAGGUUGACGAGAUGGAUGAUACUCUGAGGGUGCUGGAGUCCAGUGAUCCUGCAAAGAUUGAUGGACUACCUUCAGAAACAGACCAGGCUCAAGAAUCGGCUACUCGAAUCCUGAUAGAUGGCACAAUCGCCUCUGUUGGCAGUAAUUCAGACAACGUUGCAACUCCCGCAACCCCAACAGUCAAAUCUGGGCACGCCAGUACGGGCUCCAAUCUCACCAAGGAUGCCAAGGGCAUUGAGGAUGAUGAGAAUGUAACUCCGAAGCCUCCCCAACCUCAGCCAGCAAUCAUUACGUUGGGGUCACCAGGAGACUCAACACCUAAGGCUGCUGGAUAUCAAAUGGAUACCAGCUCGCUUUUACAACAGAUUGGGAGUAGCUUCGAUGAUCCAAGGUUGCAUGACGAUUCGAUGCUGCGGGACAAUCGCACUCUUGUGCUGGAUUCGGACCUUCCGAGUGCUUGCGUCAGCUAA